AUGGAAGAUAUUCAAAUCACUACAGUAGAAAGUGAGACUGGCAGGAAGUUAGGUAAAUAUUCGAUGAGAUCAAUGGCUUUGCCGAAGAUUUCAAUUGCAAAGUAACUGCCGUAUUUGAGUGGAUUGGAUGAUGUGAGUAUGCCCAAACGUUAUAACAGGCAAUAUUACAAGAUCCAAUAACCAACCAAAGAGAAGGAUCUCAUUAAUGAUAAGGAGGUCUUUGCGAGUCUGACAUAUAAUAAUGAGGAACCUUAUGAGGAUCGUAAGCCCAAGGAGUUGGUUGGCGAGGACGCUUACAGAUCCUAUUACCAUACAUUUAAAAAUAUUAAGAGAAUUUUGGAACAGAACUAAUUCGAGAAUAUUUAAAACUCUGUAUAGACUAAUUUGGUAUAGAGAUCUGAAAGAUUACGGAUUUUGCCAUGUAAAAUGGGUUUGAUUAAACUCAAGGGUGAUAGGAAUUCACUUUCAAUACAGAACUAAAAAUUUGGAGAUAAAUAUGUGGAGAUGCUUUCUGAGGGGCUUCGGAUUCUACCAGCUAUUCAAGAUUUCAAUUUUAAUCAUAAUCGAAUUAAGGAGCAUGGGGCUUCAUAAUUAAUGCCUUUGAUUAGUAAAUAAGCAAGGAAGAUCGAAUUUUAAACAAAUAUGAUUGGAGAAAAAGGUUUGGACUCAAUUUUGAAGAUAUUACCUAUACAAUAAUGCAAGAUUCAGGUUUUGAAUUUGGAAGACAAUAAUUUGGGAGAUCAACUAAUUAUUGAAUUAUGUAAAGCAAUGAGCAAGAAUCUCUCUGUUGAAACUUUGAACAUUUCCAAAAAUAAGAUAACAAACAAUGCACACUAAAGUUUGAAAUAGUUGAUAGAAUCCAACGAUACUCUACUUGAAUUAUAUUUGCGUUGGAAUUCAAUUAAAGGUUCUGGUGGUGUAGAGAUAUUCAAAGCAUUAUAAGCUAACAAAAAUAUCAAAGUCUUGGAUUUCUCAUACAAUUUGUUGGGAUGUGGAAAUGUGAUAGCUCCAGCUCUGAAGGAUUUCAUUAUUGAGAAUAAAUCAAUUCAACAUUUGGAUCUAUCGGCUAACAGUUUCACUUUCUCAGAUUGCACUAUUAUAUCAGAGGCUCUGAAGUAGAAUCACUCGAUUUAUGGAUUUCAUUUCAGGGGGAACUUUGGAUUCGUAGAUUCAAAGGGGUUCUUAAUAAUUGAUUCAAGUAUGAAGAAUUUCAACUCAAUUCAUAUUGAAUAAAGAAUUAAAGGAGUAAUGCCACAUCCGAAACCUUAUGAUCAUGCAUCAAGAUUUGAGAAAGUAAAGGAUAUCUGUUGGAUUUGUGAUCGUUGGUAGAUGGCCACAUUCGAAUGGAUUCCAAAUAAAAGUGGAGCAUGUUCUGAGGAACCAAUUUUCAUUCAUUUCGAUUACGAAGGUUAUGAACCUAUCUUUUUAGGGAAACCUGAUGGACACGGUCAUUUCAGAACUCAUAGAAUGAUUCCAACUGGAGACAUUGAGUACUUUUAUACUGCCAAUUCUAUCUAAGUUGCAAGUCAAUCUGUUCCUAUAAAAUAACACAUUGAGAAAUUCAGAACUAAAGUUAGCAUAGCCGAUUAGGUUGUGAAUGUGUUGAUUGAUGAAACCAAUAUAGAAUCAUAUCCUAAAUCGAAACCUGUUAUUGAAGAUUGGUAUCCCAAUUUUGAUGUUUUACCAAGAACAUAAGAUCCCAUCUACAUUCCUGCCAAAAGAAAGAAGUAAAAAAGAAUUUGGACAUAUCCAAUCUCUAUAUGGGCUCCUAAGUAUAAAUUUGACACUGAGGAAUUAUUGCGUAAAUGUUUUGAACGAGAUUGGUAAUGUUGCAAAAUUUCUAAGUUUGUUAAAAAGUAAGAAGAACAGGAUUAGGUUAAAGAUAUGUUAUGGUAAGCAUACAAACCAAUGAGAGAAACCUAUAGAUUUUAUGCUAGUGUCAAUCCAACAGGAGAUGUAUUUUCAAUGUCUGUAAAUCCAACAUCUGAUUUUGUGAAUCAAUGCCAAUUGAUUGAUUAGAAGUAAUUGAAAUUGGCAGAUGUGGAUCUUAAAUUUAUUGCAACUUGUAGUGCAUCUUCAAUUGAUUACAAGGGUAAUUAUAGAAAUCCAGAGAGGUCAUUGGUUAGAUACCAGAUGAUGGAAUUCUUAGUGAGAGUCUCAGAUGAUAAAUACAUUAGAUUCAAUCCCUAAAUCAACAUUGUCUAAGCUACCAAAAUGAUGUUAGAAUAAUGUAUGCCACACAUGUCCUAAUUUGAUUCUCAUAAAUGGAGAGCAGAGAGAUACUUCGUAGAAUAAUGUGAUGAUGUAUGUAAGAAAUAUAAGUGGGUUUUUGAUUAUGUUUAUAUGAGAAAUUCAUCCAGAAAGGUUAAGCCUGGUCAAGCACCUUUUAUGUGUUUGGAUGAACUCAAGGAUAUUUGCAAUAGAGCAAAUUUGUAUGAUGAAAACUUUGUUGAAAGGGAUGUAAAUCUGGCAUUCAAUUUAUCUACACUUACACAAAUUGAUGAAUUGGAAAGUGAUAGAUUAUUUUAAAUGCAAUGGAUCGAGUUUAUGGAAGCCAUAGCAAGGAUUGCAGAUAAGUAUUCCCCUAUUGCUAUUGGAAAGAAAGAAGAAAAAGAGUGGACUUAUGAGUUGAGAUCGCAGUAACCACUAUAUUACAAAUUAGAAGCUUUUAUGGUGCAUUUAAUAAAUACCUUAGUUGAUGAGGAAACCAAAAAGAAUUGGAAAUAACCUACGAUUUCUAUGUUUGAUGAAGUUGAAGAAGAUGAAUAUUAUUGA